CGACAGCCCUGCAGCCUUUUAGAUAAAUAAAGCAAGCCCCCUUUAUUUAACCCGGGUUAAAUAACCGUGCCGGAAGAUGGUGGCCAAACAAAGGAUCCGCAUGGCGAACGAGAAACACAGCAAGAACAUCACUCAGAGAGGAAACGUGGCCAAGACGCUGCGACCACAAGAGGAGAAGUAUCCUGUGGGUCCCUGGCUGCUUGCCCUCUUUGUAUUUGUUGUGUGUGGAUCAGCCAUAUUUCAGAUCAUCCAGAGCAUCCGAAUGGGGAUGUGAUCCAGAAGGAGCCUCCAGAGACUCCUCUUCCUCCUCCUCCUCUUCCUCCUCCUCCUCCUCCCCUCAUCAUGCCCUCACUGAGCCUGGCUACCUGCACCUGCACACCCCCCUCCUGCUCCGCCCGGCCCCCUUCAAGAGGCCCAGAGACUGACGCCAAAGCUUCGGAUCCAGCAGACCUCAGAGAGACAGAGAGAGAGAGAGAGAAGCUCCUCCACCAACCUCCUUAACCACCUUCUCCUCCUCCUCGGGUCUCCCCGCCCUCGAUCAGCGUUUACAGUGUUGCAGUCUGUGGUACUGACAGCUUUUCUAUGGACAGUCUGAAACCACGCCGGCUGGAGAACAUGUGUGUCUCAUUGCUCACUUAUGUGUGUGUGUGU